AAAUAUUAUGAAUUGAUUCUUGUAGAUAACUAAUUUUAAAUGAUGAUUUCGGUGUCUAACCUCUCCAUUCUAUGGAUUUACUGCUGUGCUGCUUUACUUUUUGUAAACUUGAUAAAAGUUGGGUGCCAGAGAUGUGAAGCACAACAGUCCUCUACAAAUGGAUCACAUUAUGCAAAUAACGCUUGUGAUGGCGAUAUGGAGACGUUUUCUCUUACUUUGAACGGCCAAAACCAGACGUGGUCAAUGACUGUUGAUAGAGUUCAUCAAAUUUUUUGGAUUUUUCUCAGCAUUAGUUGUGGCAGAUAUGAUAUCUAUGUGCAACUAAACACAUCGAAAAUUCGAACUUGUAAACAUAUCGAGAAAAAGUGCAAUGAAACCAGUGAAACUGAGAUCGUAACUUGCAAUCCUUCUGGAGAAGUGCUUGGAAACAAAAUCAUCAUUAAAAAAUUAGAUCCUGGUGCUAUGCAAAUUACCGAAGUCAAAUCAUUUGAUUUUACAACUUUAGAAAAGGCUACAGUAAAAAACCAGUCUGUAAGUCACAAUGGAAAGGAUGCUUUUGAUGGCAAUUUUGACUCCUAUAUUGUAACAAAGGACAAUACAAGUAAAAAGGCAAGAUGGUAUAUGACAAUGGAAAAAACCUACGAUAUAAGAUGGAUACUUAUAUCCUUGAGAGGAGGUACUGUAUUAAAUUAG